AUGUAGAAAUGGCUUGCAAAGACAUAUCACCUCACGACGCCAGUGUUUUGAACGCUGUUUUCAACCCCAGUUUGCCUUUCGGAGAUGUUGUUGAAGAUGCAGAACAAUCUACACAGGAAGAAGUGAUCAGUAACACUGAGGCAGUCCACCAAGCCAGGGAGUUAGAGGUCAGAGGAGUAGAGGCAGCAGAGAGGGGGGAUAUCACCAGGGCCUUGGAGCUGUUUAAUGAGGCAGUGCUCACAGCCCCUAACUGGGCCUCUGGCUACAACAACAGGGCACAGGUCCUGAGGCUGAAGGGGGACACUGAGGGUGCUCUGCAGGAUUUAGACAAGGCCCUUGAACUCAGCAGUGGGACUGGCAAGGCUGCUUGUCAAGCUUAUACACAGAGAGGACUCAUAAGACGGUUGGAAGGAGAUGACGAGGGUGCCCUGGCCGACUUCAAGGCCGCUGCAGACCUGGGAAGUCAGUUUGCCAAGCAUCAGCUGGUUAUCAUGAACCCAUAUGCAGCUAUGUGUAACCAGAUGCUCUCAGAAGUGAUUGGAAAACUGAAGAAAGGAGAGGCAUGAAUGUUUCCUGGGAUAGGAAUUGGGUGUUGAUUUGUCUGGGUUUAAGAUUGCUCACAUCAGGAUUCUUACAAUCACACGUUUUUUUUUUUUUUUUUUUUUUUUUAUGAACACCUCAUGGAAAGCUAAUGGAAACAGUCAGAAUCAUGGAAUCAUGGAAAUUGCAAAUAUUUGUCACUUAAGAUUCCUGGUUUAGAAAAUAAGACAGUAAGCCAGUGUAUUGAGAAUUCCAGAGGAACUAUUCUCUGCCUUGGUAUGUUAUUGCAAGAAACUUGACUUUUAAAUUAAUGGCAGCUAUAUGCAUUAAACUAAUUGGUUAUAAUGGGUUUUAGGGACCAUCAAGUAUACUUUAAGACUGUUGGUUUGUUCAAAACUUUAUCUCAUUUUAUUGCACAAGUUUAUUUAUGUAUCUUUAAUUGUUAUCUCAAGCGAGGAUUUUAGCUGGUAAUUUAUUACAGUUUCUUGCAGUGCAGAAAGACUAUGAGAUAUGCAUAAAGGCAGUUUUGUUGCAGCUGUUUUGUGAGAUAUUUUUAUUAAUCAGGAGGUGAAAUCUCACUGUAUUUCAUAUACAGAAUAACAAACUAUAUUUUAUUGUUA